GGACGCCUUGAUGCUUUAUGCCCGGCAUAAUUGUACCAGUACCAGAAUAUGAGUACCUAUACAAAAUAUUAUUAGUCGUUAAUGUGAUUGCCUUACGAGUGUUCACUCGUAAUUGACAGUAGUUGAGUGCACUUCUGUUAGAAUAUGUAAAACCAAAUCUUUAACCUUGCACCGCAGGUAACAAAUAAAUGUUUUGUGAAACAGUACUGUUUUAAACAAGCCAAGUCCGUGUCGGAUUCGCCCACCGAACGUUACGUACGAUUUUAUCAAUUUUGGACCUUGCCUUCUUGAAUUAGUCGCCUAGCUUAUUAAAUAGUUGUAACAGCAAUCAAAUAUUGUACUUUUAAAUUUUAUUAUUGAGUCAUGCCUGAAGAGUGCAUGACAGAGCGUGAUCUGUUGGUAGUAGUCAAUGAUUUGGAAGACUACACACUCAACAUACAAAAUUAUAAAACUCUGCAAAACACAUUAGAUGCAGUGGAUCAAAUUACUGCACAAUCAGCGGAAAAGUUGUUGUCACUAUGUAUUCGAGAUGGGAUCGAAGACUUGAAGUAUGCAGCGCAUACUAUAAAAAUUAUUACAACACUAAUUACAAAAACAAAGAACGGACAAUGCUCCUCAUCACCUAAUUUUGUACCUUCAGCAGCAGCAUUAGUAAAUUUACUUAAAACCUCCGCAUUAUGCACUACUGUUGAAGCAUUGAAGACUCUUUGCUUUGAGACUCUUAAUUCUUAUCCUGAUGAAACUCUUGUUGGUCUAUGUGUAAACCAUUCAGAUGAAAUAUUAGAACUUCUUAAAUUAUACAAUCAGCAAUUGAUACCACAUGAAAUCAGGGUUAUGCCCAUAAUUCUAAUAGGAAAGCUCCUCAAAAUACUACCCACAAAUGAAAAAGCAACAUUUGUACAACAUGGAAUUGAUGUCUGGUUUACACAAUUUAUUCCAAUUGUAGUUCAAAUGACGACUGAAACAAAAAACAUGGCAAUAUUGGAGAGCCUGGAAUUGUUGACAGAUGAACUUGUAAAAUAUGAUUAUCAAAAGAAUGAACAUUGGCUUAAAGUGUUUGAAAAUAUUUAUACACCAAUAAGGUAUCCAGCCCUAAUUAAAGACAUCUUAGAAAAAGGCUGUGAUUAUUGGCAUAGAUUGUGGAUAAUUUUCAUAAAAUUGCUAAAAAAUCAAAUAACAAUAAGCAUUGCAACUGCUAGUCCUAUCAAUGUAUUGCUGGGGUGUGUAGAGAUGGCCUUCAAAAUGGACAUUGCGGAGAGGCGCAGAGCUUUCCUAUGUUGGGAUGCUUUAAUAAAUGUCUUCUCUAAGGAAACUAAUGAGGCUAUGCUCAAAAAAAGGUUAAAACUUCUGAUGGUACCUCUCACAGCUAACAAUGCGAGGGUAGAGGAAAUAGUGCUGGCAAAAUUUAACACUUGGUGGCAUUUGAUUAGGAGUUUUGAAAGUAAAAUAGAUAAAUUCUUGGAAGUUAUACUCAUGCCCUUCCUAAAUUUCUGUUUUGGAAUGCCAGGGAAUGUUUUCACACCAGGAAAGAUUUCUGAAAAGGUUAAAAUUCGAUGUGUUGAAGCAUUUAUUAAUAUAGUCGGACACACAGAAUGUGAAGGAUGUGUUCCGUUGCCGAAAUUGAAUGUAACGGUUUUUAAUACAUCACUAUUGGUAAAUUAUUGGAAAAAAUGGAUUAAUUACCUCGGAAGUGCUACAAAAAUUUGUGUAGAACAAAAAUUAAGGCAACAGAAUCAAAUUUCUGAUGUACAAAUCAAGUGUGUUUGGAAAUCAUUCAUAUUGACGAUAGGUGAUUUACCAGAGAACAAUGUAAGAAGAGAUCUUUUUAAUGAAACACUAUUAUUGUUGGAUUGGAUAACAAAGGACUAUGAUGGUCGAUUUAUAAGUGUGAUUGUAAAUUUGUUGACACCAACAUUGUUUGAGAAUAAUGAGAAGAUUCAAUCACUGAUGAAGUCGAAAGAUGAACAAAACGCACCGGCAUACAAAAUUAUCAAUGUACUCAAUAAGCUGGAGCUCAACAAUGUGGAAGACAGGCGUACAGUUAUAAACAAUUUAAAAUUACUAACUAAUUGGAUGAUGCAAGAUUCCAUUAAAACAUCGACCAAAAAGAUUGAGUGGUAUGUGAAGACAUUGCCGUCCCACAGCAUGGUUCAGUGGACUGCCCUGGCCGAGUCGAUCAGGUCCUGUGACAGAUGGUGUCCAAACGUGCUUACCAAAGUGCUGCUCUGGCCAUUGAAGCAUAUGAACAAUUUUGUUACAAUAGAGGAAGCAACAGCUGCUUGGCACCAGCUACACAAUCUAAGGCCAAUGUUGGAACAAUCAUUUGACAAUGAGGUUGUCAAAUUAAUGGGCCAGAGUGUGGAUCAACAGUCAUGUGUAUUUAUUUCGAUUACUACAAUCGCUAUACUGCAACAAAAACUACAGAAGGAAGAUACUGAUUUGUCUGAAGAGUUAACAUUAAUUAUUUCGUCGACGGGUAAUAUGAAUGGAAAACAAAUGGAAGAAAUAAUUCCAUCGCUUUCUAGUAUUAUAAUUAUGAUUCUGAAUAGAUUGAAAAAUAGUGAAAAUAUCAAGAUAGCAGAACAAAUAAUAUCUAUUAUUAACAACAUAAUGAAAGUAUACAGUUUAAUGAUGAAGGAACAAACUGAUAAUGUUAAUCUCGUUAAAAAUCUGGAAAAUAUUUUUAAUUCAUUACAAGCUACCUUGAGCUUAGAGGUCAACACAAAACUAAAAUCACAACUAGUAGAUCAGUUGAAAGAAUGUGCACCAUAUUUCAAACAUGAAAAAAUGCUUAAGAAACAUAUUUUAUCCAUUUAUAAAUUAUCAUCAAAUAAAGACAUUCCGGAUCAUAUUGCUAGAGAAGUUUUACAAGCAUUUGAUAUUGUUGGCGAAUCGAGUACUCCAAAUCAAACCCAGAAUCAAAAAGCAGAAAUAGAUAAAUUUACAAUUCCAAGUGGUAAAGUUGGAAAAGAAAUAAAAAAAGAAGCAAGUAUAAUAAAUACUGUAGUGGAAAACGGAGAAGAGUUUGUAGUUGUUAAAUCAAACUGGAAAUUCAAUCCUAGAAAAUUAACAGAUAAUCAGAAAGAAAAACUACAAAGAAAAAGAGAAGAUAUACCAGCGUUAUAUCAAGAUCUGUCUCAGUCACAAGAUCAGUUUAAAUUAACAACUUGGAAAACAGAUUCACAAGACACAAAUACUACUUCAAGUAAAUCGACAAAUACGGUGGAUAAUGAGGAUGUUUCUUUGAUCCUUAAAAAUAUUCCUAAUUCUGAGUUUAUACCCAAAAUAAUAGAAAAUGUCCUUGUCAAACCAGAAUCAAAUGUCAUAUUACAAAAUAAUGAAAAGCAGAUAAACGCUAAUAAUGAUAAACCUGAAAACAAUAAGACAAAGAAAGUAAAAACUAAUGUUAGAGAUUCUAAAUCUCCGCGGAUGGCAUUGAAAGAUCGGGUUUUUCGUAAUAUGCGUAAUUUGAUGGAAAAUUCCAAUUUAAAUCAUGACUCCAAUGUUAUAAUUUCCAAUAGUACAGAAAACCUCCUAAAAACUCCUUUAAGUAACAAAGAAAGGCCGUGUACGAAUGUCACAAAUUCUGCACCUUCACAAAUUAAUUCAGAUAGACCUUCACGAGUAAAAAGGAAGCCUAAAAAGUUCGAUGACUUACAAUUGAUCUCUUUGGGAAAAAGACGGAAUUCAUUAAUUACAGUCGAUAAUGGUGCUGACAGUAAUGAUAACGUGGAUACUUUAAGUAAAGGUGAAAAAAAUGAAGUAGAACAAGAUCAAGAUGUAAAACAUCGUAAAUUGAUAGAUAACUCCAUUAAAAAUUCUUCAGUUAUUAUUAACGGUAUCGAUUCUCCAAACCGCAAUGAAAAUAACAAAUCAGAAGACAAUACUAGUGACACCAGUGAUUAUGUUACUGCAAAUCGAACGUUAAUAAUCAAAAAAGAACAUGAACAUGAUUCAAUUAAAGCAAAUAUAUCAAAUGUGCUGAUAAAUGAAAAUAAUAAACCAAUAGACAACAUUUCCAGACUUCAUGAUAUAAAUAAUAUUAACCCCACUCCAACGGAAACAAUAUCUAUUGACGACAAAGAUGAAGAGCCUUCAGUUCCACACAAAACCAAUAAUAAUAAAAAUGAUUUGAUAAGACCUAGUAACAAAAAUAAUGAUAUGUUUACACCUAACUCUGAAAUAGGAGAUGCUAAUGAAAAAGAAAAAAGUGAACCUGAUAUUAUACAAAUAUGCAAGGAUGGUAUAGAAGAACCGACCUGUUCUGGUGAUAACAGUAACAAUGUCGAUAAAUUGUCAAACAAGCAAGUACAUUCAAAUAAAAAAAUAUACAAAUCCCGUAUUGAGAGAGAAUUGGCAAUCGACAUGGUUGAAGGGCAUCCAUUUUUGAAAGCUCAAUCUGAAAAGCGGUCCACGAGAAAGUCUUUGGUAAACUCUCCCAGGAAGAAACGUUUAUCAUUUAAUUCAGAUAAUGCUAAACCUAAAAGAAAAGUAAGCAGUAAAUUAGAAAAAAAAGUAAAAGAUAAAGAUAAGGGAAAUUCAGUGACAGAUAGUCAAAACAAAGAGGACAUUUCUGCAUCACAAGAUUUUAUAGAAAGUUCUCAAGAUUCAACUGUCACUACAAUAUCUGUUAAACCUUUCAAACCCCAAGAACAGUUGAAAAAGAUGCCUAUGGUCGUUGUACACGAUGUCGAACUUUUAACGCUUACAGGGACGCAAGAUUUUACAGAUGUUCCAGUUGAUAUAGAUAUAACAAAUAUAGAAGGUAACAGUGAUAUUGAAUUAUCUUCUAAUAAGACAAACUUGGCUAACCUUACUGAAGAAAUGGAUACACAACCUGUAAAUUGUACUGACUUGAAAGAAACAAUUGAUUUAAAUGAAGGUGCUGAUAUUCCGAUUGUUGAAAAUGCUGGACUUGUUUCCUUAGGAAAGGACACUCAAAAUACGCCUGAUGCCGAUACACAGCCUGUUGAUCCUGACACGUUUUUGAAAACGAAUGUAUCCUAUUUGUUUGGUGCAGAAGAAAAUGCACAAGUUGUUGAUAUUUCCAAAACAAGUGAUAUAAAUGACAAAACUACAGCAACUAUGGCCGUGAACAAUGACGUUAAUGUGUCACCAACAGCAACGGCUGAAGAUUUAACUGAAACUUUAUCUGCAUCUGUGUUAAUGGAUGUCGAGAAGGAGGACUCUAGUUCUUCAUGUAAUAAUGAACAACGAAAAAAGGACUUUUUCGAUAACACAUUACAAAUAUCGCCAAUAAAAUCAAUGAGCCCCGUUCGAGAACAUGAAUCGCCGUCACGUGAAACCAGUAGCGAUUAUGUUUUGAUAAAACUAACUUCACCAGUACAAAGCAAUGGUGAACCGUUUGAAAUUUGCGAAUCCCCUGAAGUGUUCACGGAAGACAAACUGUCACCCGAUAAGAGAGACUUAUCACCGCCACGGGAAGAAGUUUCCAUAAAGAAUACAAGCCCUAGUUCAGCUUUGUCAUUGAAAAGAAAUAGACCCACAAUGAGACCCGGUGGUAGAGCGGCACAAAUGUUAGGCCUGUGUGUACCAGAUAGAUUACAAACGUUGAUGACAUCAGAGAAGCCCACAGAAGCUGAAGAAUCUAAAAGGAGUCCUUCACUUAAUACAUCUGUGAAAAGAAACUUAAAAGCUCUAUAUCAUAAUAGUACUAGUGGAGAAAACAACGAUAACAUAAAUGAUACUGAUGACAGCAAUAAUUUUCUCAAAUUUGAAAGAAGUUUGCCUGCUACAGACUGCAGUCCUUCUGGACCUAUUUUAAAAAGAAAAUUAAUGGACAUCACAGAUGAAGCCACUGCGUCACCGGCAAGUAAAAGAAAACGUGUGAGUUUCCACGAUCCUCCCGUCUCCACAACUAUUUGCGUGAAAAAGUAUUUAGAACCUAACAUAGUUCGGUCUCCACAAAAUUCAGCCGCCAAACGAUUAGAAAGGCAGGCGCGCGCACAAACAGCGAUAAAAUCAGUUAAAAGAUUGGACAACGCUUUUAAAUUGGAGUCCAUAUUAACGAAAGCUGUUGAAAGUUUCUCUGAGGCAAACGAAACCCAAAUUAUGACUGACGACACGGAAAUGAGUUCUCUAGAGGAUACGCCAGUCGUAGAAGUGAUCAAACCCAGCGACUUGAAUGAUACGGAACCAAUUUGCAAGGAACUUGUUGACUGUCAAGAGCAAAUAAAAUACAUAGCAGCAGAGCUGUCAUCACCUGCAAUGAAAGACCUAUUGGUAAAAGAUUUUGAAGGUAAAGUGGAGACUAUUGGGGACUUGGCGAAGAUGACUGAGCUAGAGGUCAAUCGGCUUUGCAUUAAGGCACCCAAAGUUGAGGUCGCAAAGACCGCUUUGUUAAAAUAUUUAUCAACGAUUAGUGAGAAUAAGGUUAGUGAGGAAAUAACCCCUAACUCUGAAGUAGCUGUCAGUGAGUCGAAUGACAAUAUUGAAAAUAAUUGCACAAAGACACAGGAGCCAGAUGUAGUUGAAUUAUGUGAUACAUUAUUGGAGAAGAUAAGUAACGGAGACGACAUACAUAAUAUGUUGUCCAUUCUAAAGGACAAAAUGGUCAACACCUUGCAAUAUGAUGAUCUCAUGUCAUUCUGCAUCAGUUUGCUAUCCCAAUUACAUGACAAACAUAGACUACUAAAAUAGGUUUCUUUUGAACCGACUUCCAAAAAGGAGGAGGUUCUACGUUCGGCUGUAUGUAUGUUUUUUUUUUGUUUUGACUUUAAGUUUUAAUAUUUGACCAUUAAAUUGAUUUUAUGGUUGUAUUUGUUUUUAUGAAAUUUACGAAUGUAUUGUGGGGUGUAAAUGAUUUUUAUUAUAUUAAUAUUUGUGGUAGGCUUAGGAUUCGCUACACGAGACGUCUCGUGACGAGAGAUUGUUGAACAAUUUGUUGAGCUUCGGAACGAGAUAAUGUACCACGCAAUUUGCAGGACAUUGUGCAUAUUUCCAUACCAUCAAAGCUAGCUACUCAAUUUACAGCGUUACGACCGGUUGUAUUAUUAGCUGCUUUUGUGUGUGACUGUCGCGUCCCAGCAUGACGUCCGGACGUAUCUCCCAAUUGAUUUACAAUUUAAUGAAGCCUGGAAUUGGUGCCAGUGACUAAAUAGUUUCGGAGUAAAAUGUUAGUUUGAUUUGGACCUAUAAUUAAAGUCAAGGAGAUAAGGAAUAUGCUGAUACUAUUGCAAAUGAUAACAAUGUUUACGUAUCUUCCAUACGGUCAGCUUUUCAUGACUAUUUAGUUUUCGAGACGAAAAUAUUUGACCUCGAUUCGACGCAUUUUUAAAUUCAGUUAUCAACGAAUGCGUAUUGGUUGUAUCGACUAAUUUUUUAUCCGACUAGCAAAAAAAGGAAGUAGGAUUUAGCCGUCCGUGUAAGUUUGUGUUUGCGUAUAUUCCACAUAGUCAAGUAUUGUCGAUUUUGAUGGGUCAAUCUGAAUAUUCUAUUCCACCAUAGCAUAACAAUUAUGUCGAAUUUUGAUGUGUCAAUCUAGAGCUAACUAGUAAUUUUGUUUUCUUUUAUAUUCUCUGUCUAACUGAACAAAUAUACUCUCUGUAUACUGUUACACAGAAAUAUGGAAAUGAGGCUAAUAUAUUGAUUUAUGAACGUCAUUACUAAAAUAUAAUCAUAAUACUAUCUUGUUUUAGUUUAUUAUAGUAUGUCUCGCUUGCUAGGCUUUCCCAAGGAUGCAAGUGAGCCCUAAGCAUUUUAAAUUUGUCUACAUACUUAUAUUUUGUAUGAAUUUGUCUGUUGCGGUGACCCGCUAUUGGACUCGAGCUGGAGUGAUCUGAUCUACCUCAUUUUAUAAAUGCUGAAAGGGUGUAAGCUCAUGUUCUUACCAUAAAUAGGCAAGUGUGGAGUUUGAGUCUUGGUGAAUUUGGGAAGUAUAGUCGAAUGCAAUCUUUAUGACUUUUCCGAAAUAAGGUGCGGUGGCGUGCACGAGGUUUUUAACUAUGUUAUGCACUAUAAAUAAAAAUUUGAAAAUUCCUUGUCCAACUAAAUCUGUGGUCCUACGUAGAUUUAUAUUGAGUCUUUAGGGUAGGCAGUGCAUUUUUGCAUCUAUGAAGUGCGCGCCACUGCCUACGCGCAGGUUGUACAAAAACUAAGACGCGUGAGGCGACUUCGAGUGGGCUUGGGAUCGCGCGCGAGGUGUAUACCUACCGCCGCGCUCCUGCGUAACCGGUUAUGCCUAAAAUCUUGUAUUUCGCAGCUUAACGAUGUUCGGAAAUGUCACAAGGAUUGUAUCCGACUCAGGUUUCAAGGUUCUGAUCCUGAGUAAUUGUCUAAGUAUAAAAGGAGGUGGUCCAUAAUUGUAAGGAGCCCAGGAUUAGAUCAUUGUACCCUGGCAGAAAUAAUAGAAAAUGAAAUUUUUAACUAUUUUCGAUUACACAAAUCUACGAAUUUAAUUUAUUUAUCUCCCAAGAAAUGCAACACUAAUAUGGGUAACAAUGGCGGAUUGAUGAGGUUUUCAACGCAAUAGUCGUUUUGACGUUUGGUGUCAAAUGUCAUGUCAUAGUUGCUUUAAGGGCGCCAUCUUGAUAUAACUCGAAAAUUUGGGUUUUAAUUUUAUUUAGAAUUUCCCCAACAAUUUCCCCGUAUUUUUUAAAUUUAAUGAUACGGGGUACAAGAGUGGACCUAAAAUGGACCAUCUCCUUUACUUUUUAUAUUUAUGUUAUGGUAGGAAUACGGGCUGACCAACUUUCAGCUUUUACCAAAUGAGAAUGUUCUGGCUCUCGUAAUAUAUCGUAGUCUGCAACACGUGUUUUAUGAUUGCUAUAGUCUUUAAUAUUGUAGGGUAGUAACGAAAAAAAAUGCAAACCAAACGGCAGCCAAGGAUAUUUUUUCACCACUGUUGAUGGCUCGUUUGUUUGAAAUUUAAAACCAGGUACAACUGAUAUUUAUUGUGUCAUUUAUAUAUUGUCAUGUCGUUUACGGAUGAUGCAAAUUAAAACGCAAUAAAUGUUAUCAAAACUAAUUUUAUUUUUAUAUAAAACAAUUCAAAUAUUUACAAUAUUCAGUCAUGAGUUGCAAUCGUGUCUGAUCACGAUAUCAUACAUAACAAUGGGGUUGUAAUAACAACAAAUGCAAGGCAAUAUCGUUACUGUAUGAAUGAGCUCUUUGUAAAAUAUAGUAAGGUAGUUAUAGCUUAUAGAUAUUAAGGUUGAUUUUUUUUAAAGGAUGAUUUAUGCUAGACCUUAUUUUACAUACUUUACAUAUAUUUUGUAUGAAAUUCAUAUAAUACCAGUCCAGAGAAAUCUCAGAGUCCAUAGAACGGUAUCGGCCCGGUCUUGGCCCGCGUAACAUGAACGCCCUUCUGUGCUACAGACGCUAGAUGUAAUACUUAGACUAAUUAGAUCAGGACCUGACUCGCUAAACAAUAUCCUUCUGUCAAAGUACAAGAUCAAUGAUCUAACACGUUUAUAAAAACGUUUUCUAUGAAAUUUAUGUUCCAUUGUUGUAAUCGUCGUGUAAGAAAUGAUCAACACCUAGUUUACUAAUAAAUGUUUACUAUUAGUAACGAGUUACGUUUCAUUUGUAUUUCUAAACUUACUUAGAUUGUAAUAAAAAAAAAAUAUCUAAAAAUAAUCGAUUCUUUAGCCGAACAGCAAAACAUCGAUCAAGUAAUCUAAAUAAUUCGGUGUAACCAGAUUAAACGAUGGGUUCGUUAAAAUUUUAUUAGUGUGUGUAAAUUUAUAGUUUGUGUGUGUGUAGUGUUGUUGUGUAAAGACACAAAGUUCUUAUAUUUUAUAUCGAUGUGAGUUUAACUCGUCCUCUUCAAAAACCACAUGCAAUUUUGUUGGUGAAUUUGGAUGCGAAACAAGUCCAUAUCCAAUUAGUCUAAGGUGUAAAAUAGACUGCGCCACAAAAGAAGUUCCACGGCUAAAACCAGAACUAAAAUUUACAGCGCCAAACACAAAUGACAAAAAGGCUGUCAUUACCAAAAGACAACUGGGCACGGCUCGUUCCAGCCACGUAGCAUAAAUCAUUCUUUUCUCGAACGGUACAUGGCAUCGGCAAUGUAUCACAAAUAAUAUAAUUAUAUACAGCGAUCUCUAAAAUACAGGUAACGUUAAAGCUUCGUAUAUCAAUGAAAACUUAUAAUUACGAUUUAUACUUGAAAUACCCACAAUAUUUACAUUUUUCUAAGGUACAUUCCCUAUAUUGUUUUCUAAAAAUAAUUAUCACACUACAGAAAUGUUUCUAUCGAGAUAUCAGUUGCCGCGGUUAUCUGCGAUCAAUAUUCGUUAUUGUAACUAUUUGUUAGCAUAUGCAUAUUAUAUGACAAAAAAUUACAUCUAUAUUCAAAAACAUUGUGAGCUUUGAAUUAAUGUAAUAUAAUAUGCGAAAUUGUUAUACAUUUUUCCAAAAUCAUGUAAAAAUUGUAUAAAAGUAACAUAUUCUGGGAUAUGAAUCCCAUUUCUUUGACGUUUAUCUUGAAAUAAUGCAUUUAUUGCAAUAUUAAGUUAGUGUAAGUUUGAUGACUGACAUCAUGUAAUUUACACGUUAUGUUUAGGAACUUAAGUUUAAAUAAAUUAUUAUGAAAAACAUUGCUAAGUUUCAUUAUGUCUUGUUUGUAAUAUAAAAUACCUAUAAUAAUAUUAUACAAAUAUAGGCCUAGCGUUGAAUUACCCUAUUAAAACGAAUAUGAAGUUCGUUAAAAUGAACGAACUUUAAUGACGUUACUGUCCAGAAAACAAUUUUUGAGCAAUUGGCUAGGCAUUUAUAACUCAGAAAGAACAGCAAAGUUAAUACAUCAUAUAACAAGUUCUUAACUAAACAAACACACAUUUAUGUCACUUGUGAGAAAGGAUAGUAUAUUAAGUGCAAGUUCACAACUUAGCGGCAGCACUAAGCGUUUGCGCGGUAAGCAGAAAUUGCAAACAUUUUUAACGCAAUCUCAAACUAAUGAUGGCAAUAAGAGCCCUUUGAAAUAAACUGAAAUUGGCGAUUUUGAGAUUAAUCAAUUUUUAUUACCGAUGACAUUAAAUAAUAUCAAUAAAGUACAAUUAUAACAUUUAUAUCGCAUGGAUAUAAACAUUUUUAA